UAGUAUUGAAUCUCUCUCGGAACCGAACGAAUGUGUGUGGCGGUGGCGGCGAUCUGGUUGUUUAACUGAGAUUAUUUAUAAUCGAAAAAACAAAAAACAAAAGAAAGGCCCUAAACAAAACCUUUGCGUCGAUUUUGAACGGGUACAAGAAGACCAGAUUUGUAACAUUCAGUUGUACUUCUUUUUUUUCGGUUUACUAUAAGAAGACAUUGGCAUAAUUGUUUUGUUUUCAAAUCUGGUCCUUAUCACCCACCACCGAUAGGAGGAGGAGUAGCUGUUCUGCUUGCUCUACCACUCAAUACCCCUUUAAACAAUUUCCAAUAAUUGGAAAAUCAAUUCAUUCAACAUUAUUAGACACUUAACCAGAAAGAACGCACCACACAAUGCCUGGAGAGGCGGUACAGGUUAUCUCCACAUCGGAGGAGCACACAUUUCUAUUAAAUGAAGAUCAAUUGAGCGAGGUGCUGAUGCGCGAGGAAGUCAAAGAUCGCUAUGUUUGUGUGGUCUCAGUGGCUGGAGCAUUUCGCAAAGGUAAAAGUUUUCUGUUGGACUUUUUCCUCAGAUAUAUGUACUCCAAGUACGUUCGUCAUGAUGUCACCGAUUGGUUGGGCGAUGAAAACUCACCUUUGACAGGUUUUUCAUGGCGCGGCGGUUCGGAACGUGACACAACCGGCAUACUCAUGUGGUCGGACAUAUUCCUUCACGAUUAUCCCAAUGGUGAUAAAAUUGCCAUUAUUCUAUUGGACACCCAAGGAGCUUUCGAUAGCCAGAGUACUGUCCGCGAUUGUGCCACAGUUUUUGCCUUGAGCACCAUGUUGUCGUCGGUGCAAAUCUAUAAUUUGUCACAAAACAUCCAAGAAGAUGAUCUGCAACAUCUUCAACUGUUCACAGAAUAUGGACGUUUGGCAUUGGCCGAUUCGGGCAAGAAACCCUUCCAACGUUUACAAUUUUUGGUGCGUGAUUGGAGUUUUCCCUAUGAAGCUGAAUAUGGUGCCUUGGGUGGUGAACAGAUUUUAAAGAAACGUCUGGAAAUAUCAGACAAACAACAUCCAGAAUUGCAAUCGCUGAGACGUCACAUUUCCUCGUGUUUUCAAGAAGUCGCCUGUUUUCUGAUGCCACAUCCCGGCCUUAAUGUGGCCACCAAUCCCAAUUUUGAUGGCCGUCUCAAAGACAUAACACCGGAAUUCAAACAAAGUCUACGCAGUUUGGUGCCCAUGCUGUUGUCGCCCGACAAUUUGGUAUACAAGGAAAUUGGUGGUGCACGUAUACGUGCCCGCGAUCUCAUACAAUAUUUCCAAUCGUACAUGACCAUCUACAAGGGUGAUGAACUGCCCGAACCCAAGAGUAUGCUGGUGGCCACUGCUGAGGCCAAUCAUUUGACAGCCAUGGCUGCGGCCAAGGAAAUGUACAAUCAGCUCAUGGAAGAUGUUUGUGGUGGAACACGGCCGUACUUAAGCACAGGACACUUGGAAGCUGAACAUUUGAGAUGUAAAGAUAAGGCGGUGUUUCAGUUUUUGGCCAAACGCAAAAUGGGUGGUGAAGAUUUCACAGAAAAAUUCCGCCAACAAUUGGACACGGACCUCGAGGACAUGUACAUCAAUUACAAAUCGCACAAUGAAAGCAAAAAUAUAUUCAAAGCUGCCCGUACUCCGGCCGUGUAUUUCGCUGUGGCUGUUAUUUUCUACAUUCUAAGCGGCAUCUUUGGUCUGGUGGGCAUGUACACAUUUGCCAAUUUCAGCAAUUUAAUUAUGGGCAUAGCCCUAUUGACAUUAGCUUUGUGGGCAUAUAUAAGAUAUAGCGGUGAAUUAAGUGAUUUUGGUGUUAAAUUAGACGAUUUUGCGACGUUACUGUGGAUUAAUUUUAUGAAACCCAUUUAUCAGGGUUGCAUGGAAAAGGGUAUACAGCAUGUGGCCACACAUGCCGCUGAGCAUGUAGUGGGUGGCGGCAGAACCACAUCGCUUAAUGGCAAGGUGAAAAGUUCAUGAGAAUACGCCAAAAAUGCAAUGCCCAAAGAAGCCCGCGAAACUAAAAUAAAUAACAGUAGUAGUAGUGGUGGUGGUGGUGGUGAAGGAAGAGGAGGAGGAGUAGGGGCUAAGCCCAAGGCAAAUAAUGAAAAAGGGCCACCAACAACAACAAAUAUGCUAUCAUCAUCCUCAUCAUCGGCAUCAUCAUCAGCAUCAUCUUUGAAAAAUUCUGGAAAUAAACAACAGCCACAACCAUCCACGGUAGUUAAUAGUAAUAAUUUAAAGCAACAGCAGCAACAACUCACAACGAACAACAACAACUACAUUGAUAAGGGAAAACAAACUGCUCCAAAUGAAUGUAUUUUAGCCUCGCCAAAUCUAAAUGCUGUAGCCUCUGCCAACUCUAAUUCCCCCACGAUGUUUGCAUCAAUAUGGAGUAAAUUUUCAGCCACCUGCAAUGAGGCCAAACAACAAAAACUCCUGCAAAGGCAACAGAGUCAACAAAAUCAUGGUAGCAGUGCAGCCACGGCAGUGACAUCGUUGGGCGCCACUACAGCCGCCACCAAUGGCUCUACAAAUAUUACGGUUUCGAAUCGUAAAAAAAGAAAAUCCAAGAAAAAUAACAACCAUAACACUUCCAAUGCUGCAAAAUAAAUUAACUUUUUUAUAACUAAAUGAAGAACAUAAAAGAAAAGACAACCUGUAAUAUUUUUUUAAGAAAUCAUUUCUUUUUCUUCCUUGAAAUGACACAAACCCUAUUUUCGGAAUACAAACUCCUCCAUAAUAUUGGCAAAAAAAUGUUUUGCGUACAUUAAUUAGCAGGAUUGAUUUUAUUCUAAACAAAAUGAAAUUUCCACACACACACACUCCCUUACGCUCCUUGGUUUUCCAUUCGUUUCUAAAGCAACCACGUAAAUUUAUAAUAAAAAAAAAUUAAAGAUAUAAUUCUAGUUUAAAAUAAUUAUGCUUAACUUAAAAACAAAUUUCAGAAGGAAACAAAUGAAAAUAAAAUCACUUAAUAAUAUUAUUUUUUUCUAAACUAAGGCGCUGGCGUUAAAUGGUACAUCAAAUAUUUUUUCUUUAGUUAACAAUCUUAGAAUUUCAAUCCAUUUGUUGAGGAAGUUUUCCAAAAGUAACUGAAUAAUGAAACAUUUUUGAAAUGUGUUUUUUUUUUCGUUUGUUGUUGUUGUUCUUUGAAGAUCUUGCUUUAAUUUAAUUUUCUUUUAAUGUGUCAUUAAGCAUAUAUUUAAAAAUAAACAUUUAUUUGUACUCUUUUUUUUAAUUUUGUUUUCUAAAUAUUGCGAAUUUUUUUAUAUAAAUAAUUUUAUUUGUUUUUUUUUUACCGAUUUCUGUUAAUUUAAUUACUACAUAUAUACAUACUUAUAUAAAUAUUAUUUUAUACAUAUCCACUCAUGGUAAAGGUAUGAAAUAGAAUUUCCUAAACAUUUUUAUUUGUUUUGCAUUGUACGGCAGAAGACAUAAACAUUGAAUGAGCAUGCAGCAUGCAUGUGUGUGUGUGUGUGCUCGCGUUAGAGAAUGCAACAACAAAACUAAGUUAUGGAAGGCAACAGUAACUGUUGCCAAAUAUAUUGAUUAAUGGAUGAA